CAUUUGGCAUUGUUACUUUUUUCCUCUUAUUUAGAAACCCAAAGAACUUGACCAAGAUGGAAGAUUAUAUGCUGACGAUGAAGCUAUUACGCUCUCAGAUGAACGAUUUAGAAGAUCAAGUGGUGACGAUCGCAGUCGAAGAACAAAAAUACAUAACGGCGAUUGGCAACAUGGAAGCAGACCUCGAUUUAGCCAAAUCUGAAACGAGACGUGUCAAAGAGGAGAUAGAAGGGAUGGAGAAGGCCAAAGGUCAGAUAUGCUCCCAGAUUGUGGAAAAGUUUAAGAAGAUUGCCUCUCUACAAACCGAUGUGUCCACCACUUCUCAGGCUUUAAAGCUUAUUAAUCAAGAGAGGACCAGUUUAUCUGCCAAAUUCAAGGAAAAAAGAUCUUACUACACAAAGGUUGUGGAGGAAAUGAAUGCCAAAUUGCAAGAACAACAGGACUGGAUCCACUCUAAUAAGCUCCACAUGGGAGAGCUUGGAUUGGUUGAGGGAAAUACUGGUGAAGCUAAAGGAAAAUUUGAAGACAAAUCUACUACCAGAACGCAUACCAUUGCAGACAAUCUGGACUUGAUGACCAAGAUGGAUGCUGCAACAGCUAGGCUUGAUGAGAUAAGUGUGAAAAAAUCCGAACUUGUUUUGAAGAACAGUAAGAUGCAGCAGUCUAUUAAGCAAUUGCAGUGCAGGGCUGCCGAGUUUCCGUCAGUGUUAAGGGAAAUGGGCAUGGAGGCAUUGGAAGAGGAACUCAAAGCCCUGGUGUCUGAUAAAGCUGCAGAAACAGAGUACUUGCAUUCUCUAACGGACAAGAUUGAACAAUUGAAGGGAAUUUCACAUGUGAUCAGAUGUGCUUGUGGGGUGGAGUACAAGGUGGAAAUGUAGUUCUAAGGCUGAUCAAGCACAAAGACCUAGACCCUUAAAUAACUCCUAUGGCGAAAGAAAUCCACAACUCUGAGCAGAACAAAUAUACUUGAUAUUUGACAAUUGAAAUUACUAAAUGUGCAGUUUUGGAAGGAGACUGGAAGAUUCAUACAAACCCAAUGUAAGAACAGUUAAGAAUACUACAUCACAUGAGAAUGCCAUUUUCUAACACAGUGCUCAUCGGAUUCAUCUAAAGAGUGUUCACA